GUGAUCAAGUACGAGAGCGUCAUUCACGAGUUCGACCCCUACUUCAACUACCGCGUCACCCAGUUUCUUUCAAAGGAGGGGUUCUAUAACUUCUGGAACUGGUUUGAUGACCGCACUUGGUACCCUCUGGGGCGAGUCAUUGGUGGGACGGUGUACGCGGGUCUCACUCUCACUGCCGGCACCAUGUGGUGGAUUGCCAAUGCUCUCAACUUCCCCUUCUCCGUGGAGACGGUGUGUGUGUUCACGGCACCAGUGUUCUCAGCGUUUGCGGCGUGGGCCACCUUUCUCUUGGCCAAGGAAGUACGGGGCACGGGGGCAGGGCUGACUGCUGCUGCACUCAUCGCCAUGGUGCCGUCAUACAUCUCUCGCUCCGUGGCUGGCAGCUACGACAACGAGGGGGUGGCCAUCUUUGCCCUUGUCUUCACCUUCUACCUCUACAUCAAGACGCUCAACACAGGGUCGCUGUUUUACGCCACGGCCAACGCGGCGGCCUAUUUCUACAUGGUGAUGUCGUGGGGCGGCUACACCUUCAUCAUCAACCUCAUCCCCAUCCACGUGCUGCUGUGCAUCGUCACCGGUCGCUUCUCCUCGCGACUCUACGUCGCCUUUGCCCCUCUGAUAAUUCUGGGCACACUCUUGGCAGCGCUGGUGCCGGUGGUGGGCUUUAAUGCCGUCAUGACGUCUGAGCACUUUGGAGGGUUCCUGGUGUUUGUGGUGCUGCACAUCGCUGCCCUCAGCUACUACAUCAAGGCCCUGCUGCCCGCUAAGGCCUUCCGCAUUGCUCUCACCCUCAUCGUCUCAGUCGGCACGGUGGCGGCAGUGGCGCUGCUCUCUGCUCUCGUUGCCAUGGUGCUCGCCAGCCCGACUCUCGGCUGGACGGGUCGCUCCCUCAGCCUUCUGGACCCCACAUAUGCAUCCAAGUACAUUCCGAUCAUCGCCAGUGUGAGCGAGCACCAGCCGCCCAUGUGGACGUCCUACUUCAUGGACCUGCAGCUACUGGCGUUCCUUGCACCCGCUGGCCUCAUUGCGUGCUUCCUGCCGCUCACAGACGCGAGCUCCUUCGUGGCCCUUUACCUCGUCGUCUCCGUGUACUUCUCUGGAGUCAUGGUGCGUCUGAUGCUGGUGCUGGCGCCAGCAGCGUGCAUCACAGCGGGCAUCGCAGUGAGCGCUCUGUUUGACGUCCUCACUCGCUCCGUCAAGGCCUCUAUCGCUGAGCUCAUCGACCUGGCGUAUGCUGCUGCCAAGCAGGACAAGGGCGACAAGGAGGAGACGACUGCUGCUGCUGCUGAG